AGCGCCGCGCCGCGCUCGUCUGCCAUGGCCCGGGAGAACGGAGAGAGCAGCUCCUCCUGGAAGAAGCAAGCCGAGGACAUCAAGAAGAUCUUCGAGUUCAAGGAGACCCUCGGAACCGGGGCCUUUUCUGAAGUGGUUUUAGCUGAAGAGAAAGCAACUGGGAAACUCUUCGCCGUGAAGUGCAUCCCUAAGAAGGCGCUGAAGGGCAAAGAGAGCAGCAUAGAGAAUGAGAUCGCGGUCCUGAGAAAGAUAAAGCAUGAAAACAUUGUUGCCCUGGAAGAUAUUUAUGAAAGCCCCAAUCACCUGUACUUGGUCAUGCAGCUUGUAUCUGGGGGAGAGCUCUUUGAUCGGAUAGUGGAGAAGGGGUUCUACACAGAGAAGGACGCCAGCACUCUCAUCCGCCAGGUCUUGGAUGCUGUAUACUACCUGCACAGGAUGGGCAUCGUCCACCGGGACCUCAAGCCUGAAAAUCUCUUGUACUAUAGUCAGGAUGAGGAAUCCAAGAUAAUGAUCAGUGACUUUGGAUUGUCAAAAAUGGAAGGCAAAGGAGAUGUGAUGUCCACAGCGUGCGGAACCCCCGGCUAUGUCGCUCCUGAAGUCCUUGCCCAGAAACCAUACAGCAAAGCUGUUGACUGCUGGUCAAUCGGGGUGAUUGCCUAUAUCUUGCUCUGCGGCUACCCUCCUUUCUACGAUGAAAACGACUCCAAGCUCUUUGAACAGAUCCUCAAAGCCGAAUAUGAAUUCGACUCCCCCUACUGGGACGACAUCUCUGACUCUGCCAAGGACUUUAUUCGGAACCUGAUGGAGAAAGACCCCAACAAAAGAUACACCUGUGAGCAGGCAGCUCGGCACCCGUGGAUCGCCGGGGACACAGCCCUCAACAAAAACAUUCACGAGUCCGUCAGCGCCCAGAUCCGGAAGAAUUUUGCAAAAAGCAAAUGGAGACAAGCAUUUAAUGCCACAGCCGUGGUGAGGCAUAUGCGGCGGCUUCAUCUCGGCAGCAGCCUGGACAGUUCAAACGCAGGUGUCUCGAGCAGCCUCAGUUUGGCCAGCCAAAAAGACUGUGCGCCUGGCUCCUUCCACGCUCUGUAGUUUCAUUUCUUCUUCGUCGGGGGUCUCAGGAGUCGGAGCUGAGCGGAGACCCAGGCCCACCACUGUGACAACAGUGCACACUGGAAGCAAGUGACCAGCACUGGAGGUGGGACCCAGGGGGCAGCCGGGAAGGGGAGUCCCAGGCCCGAGCUGCUCCCGCAUCAGAGCCCCCAUCCUGCAUGGUACGCCUGCAAAGGACUGGAAGACAGAAGUUUUUUAUGGCCAUAUUUUAUACUGCAAUUCUGAAGUGUUCAUUUCUCACCAAACGUACUGACUCAAGGGGAGCUGAAUUCCUAGGAUCUGGUGCUGUACAUAUGAAUCUCGCUACGCUCUAGCUGAACAGACCUUGAGUCCUCUCCCCCAGUUCCACCGUUCCCAUUCUUCUCAGUGUAGGCAGCCAUCUAGGGUGUAUUUUUUCAUGGAAAAAAAAAAAAAGGUUUCAACUGGAUUAUUUAAAUAUUGGUAAAUACUGUGCUUUAGGGAUUUGUUUUCUUUUUGAGAAGUGUCUUUGGGAUCUGUAUCUCUCAGUUAUCUGACUUAUAUUGUUUGCUCUUCCAGUAGUUUUAUGCUAACCUUUAAGAGAUCCUUUUUCCUUCAAGGGGAAUUUAAAGGCAUUUUUAAAAGUUCUCAUAAGUGGAACAAGACUCUGUCUCCAUGGCUAAGAGUGCACUUUACUUGUGUUCCCUUGCUUUCCCGCCCGUCCUCGGGAGGGCGGCUCUGGCUGGCUUCUCUCCAAGAGGCUCCGCAGGGGGGCUCACACAAAACCUUCCCUGGCAGCUUCCCAUGCAAACCCCACACCACCCAUAGCAGAAAUGAAGACACCUGCCUUCCUCCUCACCCCCAAGUCCCCAGGCUCCUCUGCACCGACAAACCUUGCUCUGGGAAUGAGGUACCCACUAUGCCAGGAGUUAGGAGCCUCUCUUGCAAAAGAGACAAGCCACGGUUUUGUUGAAAGUGAACUCAUACGCCGCCCUUAGUUCUCAUGAGGGAUGAUGGAUGAAACUCUGAUCUCAGCUAUGCACUCUUAAACCUAAUCUCCAUCUUUCUCUCUCUCUCUCUCUCCCUCCCUUCCUCCUUCUCCCCCCUCUCUCUGUUUAUUCCUAAAUGCUUUCUGAUCAUACACUUCAAAUGGCCUCUGGUAUACCAGUUGUUUCUCCACAUUUUUGUCCUGUUCGCUCACAAAUAUUCUCCAAGAGAGACAGAAAAAGCUUUCAAUGGCUUAUUGUCUGAGCUAGAGGGAGAUGUGACCCAGUAAGUGAGCAGAACACUGGCCUCCACAGAGAGAGCUCAGCAAGGUGUAGCUGGCUGUGAAGCCUUCCCUUUCAUCAGAGGGAUCUAAAAAUCAAAACCGUGUGGUGAGGAGGGCCACCACGUGCUUCAGUUUGUCAGAAACUGAAGGAUUUCCUAGUCUGGGGAAUCUCCUGUGUAAACCAGCCCAUGUCAUCCACCCACCUGGGGACAAGGUACGCAGAAGAGAGGGAGCAAGCUUGUGAAAUGUGCAGCCCAGGGCAGGCACUCUCCAAGCCAGAGCUCAGAGAGCCAGGCAGGUCGCUCCAGGUUCAGCCCUCAGGCCUGUCCCAAGCCCGAGGCUCCAUCUGACUGGAGCAAUGCUGGCAGGCCUCCCUGAUGGCCCAGUGAAGGUCCUGACUUGUCUCAUGCCAUUCUCCAGUGCUCAGCCAGUCAUAGAGCAGCCUGUUAGACGAACCAUCUUAAUAACUCCCACACCUUUGCCACACACACACACACACACACACACACACACACACACACACACGUGUUGCCAGGAAGACAGCCCAGGCCUCCCCAAAGGCACAGGGCAGGAUUUGUAUGAGCAGCUAUGAUGUCAGGAAGUCAGGCAGCUGGUCUACCUGUCCCACUGGUCACAGGCCAUGGCUCAGCAGGAAUCCUGCCACACAGACACACAGGGUGACGAUUCUAGCUGUCACGUCAAAAUCUGUAAAGCUCCUGGAAAAGUCUCUAAAAUGGCCAUAUAGACCCAGUUAGUAAGCAAGUAUUACUGAUGUUGAGACUCAUUUAUCCCUGCUCUUUAGAAAUACAAUGACAUAAAUAGACAAGCAAUAUUUAAGAAAGCCCAGCAGAAUCUUUGAGACGUGUAUAAGAUAAUGUUUACCACUGAGUGUCAAGGAAAUACUCAAAUUUUUGGACUACAAGAAAAAAAAUAGGUUUGCACAUGGUGGUGCAUGCCUGUAAUUCCAGCACUUUAGAGGCAGAGACAGGAGGAUCCUGGGUUUCCUGUAGCCUGGACUGCAUAGCAAGACCCCAUCUCAAAAUAGAAAGGAAGGAAUGAGAAAAAGAAGAAAAGAGUUACUUGCAAGGGGUAAUAAAUAACUGACCUGAGUUUGACAAGCUCAUGUGCUAUAUGUUUUACAUAGCCAUUUGCAUCCAGAAAACAAUAUUUAAUUCAAAAUUUGUAUUGGCGGUGAGAAUUUUUCUUAAAAUUGACAGAUGGGCCCAUGAACUGCAUAUGAAGACAUAGAACUGUUCACUUGAAGCAAAGCACGGGUGCGCUGAGCCCCAGAAAGGAUGGGCACCCUCCUUGCAGUCAGCCGUGCUUGGCUCGGCUUUGGCAAGGUCUCAGUGAGCUACCAGGAGGAGAUGACAAAUGAUGGCAGCCCAGGCACAGACUGUUGAACAUGGCAUCAGGAAGCUCACACUAUCACGGCAUCACUAGCUUAGGUCAUUCAUAUUUCUUUAGGAGGAGUACAAUGUGGGAGAGUCUUCCAUUCUGAGAGAACUCUCGGGGUGGAAAAAGUUUCUCUUUCAGCAGCUGUUAUCUACACUUUCAUUAUAAAACCAGGAAGAGAACACAGAAUAGACCUUUCUCAAGCCCCAGAAAAUGGGGUUGGCAAAGCCCUAGGCCCCUCACUGAUGUCAAAUGCCCCUGGAAACUAGCUGAGAAUUUCAUAUCCGCAUGCAGUGUGCUGGGCAGAGGCCAAGGGUAGACACGCAAGCUCUAUCUCAAGCUGCUUUCCUAACACCAAGCCUUCGUCACCUCAUUCGGUCUCUGCAGGUUCUCAGAGAGAAUGGGUACUGGGGCUGGAAAGAUGGCUUAGCAGUGAAGGCACUUGCCUGCGAGGCCUAGGGACCCAGGUUAAUUCCCCAGGACCCACGUAAGCCAUAUGCACAAGGUGGCACAUGCAUAUGGUGGUCAGUUUCAGUGGCUGGAGGCCCUGGCACAUCCAUUCUCUCUCUCUCUCUCCCCCCCCCCUUUCUCUCUCAAAUAAAUCAAUAAAUAAGUCAAUGCUUAAUUCCUCACUUGGAUAUGAAAGUCUGCACGUGUCCCCGAGUCCUCUCUGCUGCCACACUCUGUCCCUCCCUGUCCUCCGGACAUUGACCCAUCAUGCAACAGUAAAAGCACUAGAAUUCGCCUGGAAACAAUAGCAAAUGGGCACCUACACUCAACCGACAGGCCAGCGACUUGUCAUUCUUGAGUUUUGGAGGUGGGCAAAGACAGUUGGCAUUGGGGGGCAAGGCAUGCCAUAAAGGAAGCUGCCAGCUAUAGAGGGAGCAUUCCCAGGACUCCACACGGCCUUUAUAGCAGUCAUGGCUGGUUUUUUUUUAUCACCUCCUACUGCCUGUGAGUCCAUAGGGAAUACCUAGGUAACAUAAUUUCCCCUAUAGAACUCUUUUUGUU